AUGGAAGCUGCAGACGCCUCCAGGAGCAACGGGGCCAGCCCCGAAGUCAGGGAUGUCCGCAGCCCCCUGGGCCCCAACGGCAGCCUGGAGAAUGGGGUCAAAGCUGAAGGCAAAGAGGCUAAGACUGCCAACGGGCACGGCGAGGUGGCCGAGGGUAAGGGCGCAGGCGGCGCCCUGAAGCUGGGCGAAGGCAGGAGCUCCCUGUUCUCCGGCAGCGAGUGGCGGCGGCCCAUUAUCCAGUUUGUCGAGUCGGUGGAUGACAAGGGCUCCAGCUACUUCAGCAUGGACUCUGGGGAAGGCAGGAGGUCUCCCUACGCCGGGCUCCAGCUGGGGGCUGCCAAGAAGCCGCCUGUCUCCUUUGCUGAGAAGGGGGAGCCGCGCAGGUCCAUAUUCUCGGAGCCCCGGAAGCCCUCGGUGUCCAUCGUGGAGCCCGGAGAUGUCCGGCGGAACAGCUACCCCCGGGGCGACUCCAGCACCCUCCUGCGCUCCAAGUCGGGCUCCGAGGAGGUCCUGUGCGACUCGUGCAUCGGCAACAAGCAGAAGGCCGUCAAGUCCUGCCUGGUGUGCCAGGCCUCCUUCUGCGAGCUGCACCUCAAGCCCCACCUGGAGGGCGCUGCCUUCCGCGACCACCAGCUGCUCGAGCCCAUCCGGGACUUCGAGGCCCGCAAGUGCCCCCUGCACGGCAAGACCAUGGAGCUCUUCUGCCAGACGGACCAGACCUGUAUCUGCUACCUCUGCAUGUUCCAGGAGCACAAGAACCACAGCACCGUGACCGUGGAAGAGGCCAAGGCCGAGAAGGAGACGGAGCUGUCACUGCAAAAAGAGCAGUUGCAGCUCAAGAUCAUUGAGAUAGAAGAUGAAGCCGAGAAGUGGCAGAAGGAGAAGGACCGCAUCAAGAGCUUCACCACCAACGAGAAGGCCAUCCUGGAGCAGAGCUUCCGGGACCUGGUGCGGGACCUGGAGAAGCAGAAGGAGGAAGUGAGGGCUGCACUGGAGCAGCGGGAGCAGGACGCAGUGGACCAGGUGAAGGUGAUCGUGGAUGCUCUGGAAGAGAGGGCCAAGGUGCUGCAGGACGACAAGCAGACCAGGGAGCAGCUGCACAGCAUCAGCGACUCGGUGCUGUUCCUGCAGGAAUUUGGUGCUUUGAUGAGCAAUUACUCCCUCCCCCCACCCCUGCCCACCUAUCACGUUCUGCUGGAGGGGGAGGGCCUGGGGCAGUCACUGGGCAACUGCAAGGAUGACCUGCUUAACGUCUGCAUGCGCCACGUUGAGAAGAUGUGCAAGGCGGACCUGAGCCGCAGCUUCAUUGAGAGGAACCACAUGGAGAACGGUGGUGACCACCGCUACAUGAACAACUACAGUAACAGCUACACCAGCGAGUGGAGUGCUCCAGAUGCCAUGAAGAGAUACUCCAUGUACCUGACGCCCAAGGGUGGGGCCAGGACCUCGUACCAGCCGGCCUCCCCCAGCCGCCUCUCCAAGGAGAAGAACUUCAACAACCUGUACGGCACCAAAGGUAACUACACCUCCCGGGUCUGGGAAUACUCCUCCACCAUUCAGAGCUCUGACGACAUGCCUGCGGUGCAAGCAGGCAGCUCCUCCUUCUCCCUGAAAGGCACUGGGAAAGUCCCCUAUCAGUUCACCACCUUGGGACAGGCCACCACAGAGUUUUCCAAACCACUGGAUGGCAGUGGGCUGUUUAAAAAUAAUCCUGGCUACCCUUCCCUGAUCAGGAGCCAGAGUCCCAAGGCCCAGCCCCAGACCUGGAAAUCUGGCAAGCAGACUCUACUGUCACACUACCGGCCCUUCUAUGUCAACAAAGGCAACGGGAUCGGGUCCAACGAGGCCCCAUGA